AUGGCAAGACCCAGUCUGGACGACAUUGCAGAUACUGAGCACAACGAGGAGAUUCUAUGGAUAAACGACUCGCGAGGCUGCGGGAUUCCUGUCGUCAGUCCAUUCGAGGAGACAAUAUCAGAAGACACAAUCAUCAUUUUUUCCAUUUGCAAUUAUGUCGAGAAUUCUGGUUCAAAAUGCCCUAUCCUCUCUAGCAAUCCACCAGACUUUGAAUCUGGGGAGCCAAGUCCCUUCGUAGACUAUAUCAAGCUAUCUCGUAUCAUAAAGUCGAAUAGGGAUAGAAUUACUCCAGACGAUAUUGUCGUUUUUCAAGAACUGGCCCAUUGUCGCCGUGCGUAUUUCACCGCCUACAACCUCUUCUUCAAAUCAGACAACACGCUCCGCGACCUCUUCGCUGAAAGGUGUCAGCUGUUCAAGACAUCGCAAAUCGUUGUUAAGAAUCCGGAUAAGUUUACGAUCGAGAGUCGACGAGAUAUAUCCGAACGUGUCGGGAUUAAUGUGCGCAAUUGCGCCGCAGAAAAGAAAAUGCACGCCAUUUGGCUUCGGGACAUCGCUGCAUGUACCGCACGGCUUGCAGGAAUCAAGCAUAAAGCGGCCUCAAUACUUCGUGGAAUCUGGGACAAAAGCUCUAAAUCUCAGCGUCAAAGGAAGAAAACGUCGAACGGGAUGGCCACAGGCAUUAGAACCCACAAUAUGGGCGGUAGCGGCGCCUUGAAAACACGCUCUCCUUCCCCUAUGCCACGAUCAGUAAAGCUGAUAACAAGUAAUGGUAUCUCCAAGGGACGUCCAUACAACCUCCAACCUGCAGGCCUAGCUGUUGGCAAUAAAAUGAACUCAGUGGAUGAGCUAAAGGAAGGCUUUAAGUGCAACGUACCUCAGCCAUACCACACUCCUGUCCCCUCACUGCCGAUUCUCACCCCCGCGCUUCUCAUUUUUGGGAAGGACUAG